AUGAAUAGUGAGCCCCAGCACAUGCCUCAUGCAGUGCUCGCUGCGGCUAUUCCAGUGUUGAUAUAUUCCUUCUUUUGUCUUUCUCUUGGAGUGCUACUCGUGAUUGUCUUACAUAGAACCAGGGAUGGGUUUAAUUAUGUUACGUUAUUUGCUCUUGCGACAACAUGCACCACUAUAGUUUCCAUCAUCCAACAAUGCAACUACAUGGCCAACUGGCAUGACUUGAGAAUCCAACAGUAUGAGCAGUCCAUCAUCGUCAAAGGCAACCCGGCGCUUGCACUGGGACCAUUGAGCAGAGGCUUCAAUGCUGUUUUGUUCUGGACGAUAUUAUACUUCUACAAUGUCGACUCAAUCACCAUGCUCUUCUGGGCAAUCGCAUUGGUAUUCAGUGUCUGGAACAUCCGACCAAGAUGGCUCCAACGAUGGCAGAGCACUAUCAGCUGGACGUCCAAAAUCUUAGCAGUAGUUCUGCCUGCUAUUUUCUCCGCGCUGCGAAAAGGAUUUCAGGUCAAUGCUGGCUUCAUCGGUACCUUGAUCUUGAUGAAUCUAUUGAUGCUUGUGAGCUUCGCUUUUGGCGCAGUCUGUGUCAUUCUUAUCCUCUUCAAAUAUUUGCGAGCCAAGAUAGGAUUUGACAGCUACGCAUCAGCAUCGGCAUCCAAAUCGUACGCGGCUGGCAGUGUAGCGGCGAUUGAGAGCACGACCGGUCGGGUGGGACGCUCGGCAGCAAGAGGACUCAGAGCGCGAGUUGACGGAUGGCUUGUGGUGCGAUUCAGCAUUGCCUUCCUCAUUCUGAGUGGCUUCGAAAUCUUCCUCAUCUCCUUCGAGAUAAACAGAUACCACAAGACGAAAAGUGCAAAAAUCGCUGGAGCACCCGACUUUGGCGUCCGCGCUUCUGUAGUCGACGUCUUGAACUAUCUGCCUGGUGUCACUGCUAGUUUACUCGCCUUCCUGCUGUUUGGGACUACAGCUCAACAGCGCGCCAUGUAUGCCCCUAUGCUGGCUGCUCUGCACCCAGCCCGAUGGCGCAGCCGACCACAGUCAGCGAGAUUCAGUGGUAAUGUGGAUCAAUGGACGCGUAUGGAUACCGGUGUAUCGCAGCAAGCGCAUGGAGAUAUUGAGAUGCAAUUGCCGACGAGGAAGGAUAAGGUUACGAGGACUGUUGUUACGACUGUGGAGAGGGAGGAGGGUGUUUUGUUUUCCCCGCCGCCGAUACCGAUGGAGUUCAGGGAUCACGACAUGAAUGAUCGUGACGGUAGGAGAUUGACAAGAUGA